AUGUUCAAUCUCAAGGUCCCCGCCUGGUAUACGUCGCCCAUGGCGCAAGUAGUGGUGGUCGGCUUCACCUGCUUUGCCACGGUGGGCAUGUUCAGUGCCGUCUCGAACCUUGGCGCAGGAGGUCUCAGCGACAUCACUUUGUCGGAUACCUCUCAAGGCGUCCUCUACGGUCUCUUCGCCGUCACCGGCCUCAUAAGUGGCGGUAUCAACAACUUGCUUGGUCCGCGGCUCACGCUGUUCCUCGGAACACUCGGAUAUGCCGUUUAUGUCGGGUCACUCUGGUGCUACCAGACGCGUGGCACGGGAUGGUUCGUGAUCUUCGCAGGCGCGAUUGAGGGCAUCUCAGCUGCCCUUCUAUGGUCAGCACAAGGCUCCAUCAUGAUGUCGUACCCGCUGGAGAAGGACAAGGGGAAGGCGUUCGCCAUCUUUUGGGCUAUCUUCCAGUUCGGCUCGUUCAUCGGCUCAAUCAUCGCCCUUGCCAUCAACAUUGAGAGCGGAAAGCUAUCUGCGGUAUCGACGUCGACAUACAUAGCCUUCCUAAUCAUCAUCUUCAUCGGCGUCGCCUCUUCGUUCCUUGUGCUACCUCCCAAUAAAGUCAUACGAUCCGACGGCACUAUCGUGAAACUCGAGGCCUUCUCCAAGCCGCAUGAGGAGGUGGUAGGUAUGCUUCGUCUCUUCAAGGACUGGCGCAUGAUCGCGCUUGUGCCGAUGUUUUUCGCCUCCAACUACUUCUACGCCUACCAGAGCGCAGUCAACACCGCGCGUUUCGACGGCGCGACACGCGCUCUCAACGCGACCUUGGAGGGCGCAGGUGCUAUCGUGGGCGCGCUCCUGAUAGGCUACUUUUGCCUCGACCUCAAGUGGUUCCACCGACGCACUCGCGGAUACCUCGGCCUCGCCACCGUGACCGUCAUAGUCAUUGUUGUCUGGUCGGUCGGCCUCGCAUGGCAGGUCACCUUCACCCGCGCAGACCUGAGCGACGCAAACCGCAUCAGCUACCACGACGCUGAUUACAAAGGGAAAGGUGCACUCUACUUCUUCUACUUCUUCUCAGACGCGUGCUAUCAGGCGCUCGCAUACUGGAUCAUGUCCGCGCUCUCGAACGACCCGUUCACGCUCGCGCGCUACGCCGGGCUCUACAAGGCACUGCAGUCCGCCGGCGAGGCGGGAUCUUUUGGGAUGGACGCGGUGUCGACCCCAUUCCUUAACGAGCAGCUCGCAUCAUGGAUCCUGAUGCUCGUGUCGUUCCCGCUGGCUUGGCUCGUACUGCGUACGGUGAAGGAGACCAACUAUGGGGACGAAGAGGUGGUGUACGUCGACGAUAUCAAGACUCAGCGUGCGGAGGCGGGCACCGCACCUGAGGCCGCCCGCGGGGAUAGCGUGGAGAAGGGGAGUGAUCAGGAUGUAGCUGUCUUCCAUGUCUAG